UGGUCUCACGUGACUGGGUCGCCCUGAAAGCUGCCAGCUCUCGUGACAGACGCAGUUUAAUCACACUGCGCGACUAAGAUCGACCUAGCCACGAUUAUCGAUGCUUCUCCGUCCGCAGGAGUUGAUUUGCAGGUCCUGAACAGCGCUCCCUCCCCACGCCGCGCUCUCCAUCUUCGGCCAGCAGAUAAACAGCCGCCGCUUCGCCUCCAGCUAACUGUCCGCGAAGACAAGUGCAGGAAGCAGCAGCAGCAGCAGCAGCAGCUGACCCACCUGCCGUGGAGAAACGACCUCCUUGAGGGAGAGGGGGGGAGCAAUUCUCCACCUUUUUUUUUUUUUUUUUUACGAAGGAGGAAACCUGUGCCCGGGCUCCACUUCUACGAUGAAAGUCCCGGGGAGCUUAGCCCCGCUUUUCGUCGCCUGUCUGGGGAUUUUAGGUUGCACUCAGGCAGUCACUCUUGAGGUGAAGGAAGGGAACUCAACCUGCAUCAAAGCCGAGCUGUCUGCAUUGCUCUUCAUCACAUACAGCACCUUCAACAGCACGAGUAACGUUUCCACCUCGCUGCCUGACUCCACCUCGGUCGACGCAGCAAGUAGCUCCUGUGGAGCGGCAGGCCGCCCGCCGUGGCUGGUGGCGGUGUUCGGGUCGGGUCACACGCUCGGCCUCAGCUUUGCUACCAACGGGAGUUUUUAUAGCGUCACCAACCUGACGCUCCAGUACAACCUGAGCGACACUUCGCUGUUCCCUCAGUCUAACGGCUCUGGCGUAGUGACUGUGGUGAGUUCCUCGGUUGGGAUCUGGGCUCCGAUCAACACCACCUACCGCUGUGCGAGCCCCACCACCAUCAGAGCGGGAGGAGCUGCCGUCACUUUCUCUGCUAUGAGGCUGGAGGCGUACAUGCCAGAUAAUGACCUCAGCCCAGCAGAAAGUGUGUGCGUGGCAGAUCAAACCACCACCACAGCGCCCCCUACUCCAACUACAACAGCAGCUCCAGCACCAACUCCACCAGGAACGCCCGAGACCGGAGAGUUCUCUGUGACCAACAGCAGCGGUUCCGUUUGUCUCCUUGCCAAAAUGGGUCUGCAGCUCAAUGUCUCCUAUGUCUCUCAGUCUCAAAAUAAGACUGUUCAGGAAUUAGUCAACGUGAACCCCAAUCUGACGGUGACAUCAGGAUCAUGUGGAGGCACCACUGCCAGCUUAGUUUUAACACAACAAACCACCAUGCUUCAUUUGACCUUCACCAUGAACUCAACAACUAGCAAGUAUCAUCUGAGUGGAAUAAAUCUGUUGGCUAACUGGUCCGACAUGACUGCGCCUUUCUCAGCCAGUAACUCCAGUUUGGACUAUCUCCAGAGCACACUGGGACGCUCCUACAUGUGCAACACGGAGCAGACUCUGCUCGUGGUCCCAGCUUUCUCUCUCAACACAUUCAGACUGCAGGUGCAGCCGUUUGGAGUCACAGACAGCCAGUUUGCAGCAGCGGAGGAAUGCCAGUUGGACCAGGACCAGAUGUUGAUCCCCAUCAUCGUUGGAGCAGCACUGGCUGGUCUGGUGCUGAUCAUCCUCGUCGCGUAUCUAAUAGGCAGGAAGAGGAGCCAUGCUGGGUACCAGACCAUCUGAGAGGAUGCUUGGUUUAACUUGAACCUUACAGACUGAGAGCUGGCAGAAAAUGGGGGCGGGGAGGGAGGAUGGGAGUAAAUGAAGGAAAAGUUUGAGUGAGUGAAAGUUGUUCUCUGCAUGUCCUCUGGAUAUUUUUUUCCCCUUUGACUUCUUGUGCGGGUGAUGGAACAUGAACUACUUGCUGACUUUAGACAAUGUUUAUCACGUUGAAGCUGGUGAAGAGCAAGUCUGCUCAACUGUUCAGCUCUGAGCUUAUAUUGACAGGUGGACACAUCGCUUGAAUUGCUUUUUUUUUUUGUAGCCAUGUGAUUAGCUAUGAUAGGAAAAUGAAUCAAACUCUGUAAGAUCUCUUAAAAUCUUGUGCCAGAUUUUGUUGUGGAUUUUUUUUUCUCCUUUAUGAUCCUUGAUGAAAAGGGAAAUCUCUAAUGCAGCACAGCCAAGAGGAGAUUCUCAGAUUUCUCAGGCUGAUGUAAUGUUUCCCCUCUUUGGAUGUAAAUUGUGUAUUUAUUUAACGAUCCAGAAAUUUGAGAACCUUCUCAAAUUUAAAGCAAGAACCAGGGGCUAUAAGUGAAGAUUGUAUUAAAACACAGGAAGCAAUCCUCUCCAUUUCGACAUUUAUUCUGGUCAAAAUGACAGUUUCUACUAAAAUAAACUACACUUGUAUUUUCCUUCUGGGUUCUUCUCUUUGAUAACUUGCCUCCCAAGAACUCAAGAAUGGGAUUCCAGAAAAAUCUAACCUUAAAUGUCCGUUUGGUGAAAUGUUUUGGGGACGCAAAUGCUUGUUUUCUGAAUUGAUUUCUUGUUUUUUUGUGACUCAGAUUUAAAUCUGAGUUGUUAUAGUAGAAUUCUACAGUAUUCUACUGUAACAACUCAUUGGUCAAGUACCAAAUGAAUUGGUUUCCAUCUUCUUUUUUUUCUGUCUUACAAAAAAAAUAACAAUGCUUUUUUUUUUUAAAGAAAAAUUCUAUUUUCUAUGAUGCAUUUUCCUGUAAUGUAAUAAAAAUAUUUAGAGUCCA